UGGUGAAAUAUGUCGGAUCCCUGGUUGUACGGUUACGCCAUCUGUUGGCGGACAGCCAAUACCUAUACGGAUGCCGCACAUCCAACCCGAGACCUUCAGGCUCUUCAUUCAAUACGUUUACACUGGAAAGCUGCUUUUACAAGAUUCAGGAGUGUUUGAAAUGAUGACGCUAGCAGCAGAUCUUGGGGUAGAAGAUUUGCGGUCGGCUUGCGAAGACCACGUCACUUCAACAUUAAGCGUAGAUAGUGCUUGUACUCUGUUGGCUGUUGCAAUGGAAAUACAUGAUAGACCAGGCGGAAAGAGUGCAUCUUCGUUUAUGGAGCGCUGCAUCGCCUUCAUUGGAGACAACGCGGCCGACUGUGUCAAGACCAACGCCUUCCUCAACCUGCCCAAGGAAGCUCUUAUAAAGCUUAUAUCUUCGGACUUCUUGUGUCUUGAAGAGGAAGAAGUGUGGCGUUGUGCUCUCGCUUGGGCCAAGCAGCGCGCCGGCGUGACCCAACCCACGGCGCACUGGACGGAGGAGGAGAGGGCGCGCGUCUGCCACCACCUCGCGCCCCUCAUGCAACACAUAAGACUGUUGCUCAUAGAGAGUUCAGUGUUCGCUGAGGAGGUGGAGCCGACGGGCGCAGUGCCCAUGGAGGUCUCUCUGGAGCGGUACCGGCGCGCCGCGCUGCACGCCCAGCCCGACCACAACACGCAACCCAGAUUGGCUGUGAACAUGUUUGCGGGCUCGGCGAUCCUUCAUCAGGAUAAAAGCGCUUUUCAAUCCGUCAUUAACAACUGGUGUGGGACUCCAAAGCAGUCGUGGCGGCUUGUGUUCCGCGCCUCGACACACGGAUACUCCGCGCAGGCCUUCCACUCGCACUGCGAUGGAAUAUCGCCCGUCUUACUUUUAGUGCAGUUGUCCCGCGGCGAGGUGGUGGGGGGGUACAGCAGCGCGGGGUGGGGGCCGGGCGGCGCGGGGGGCUACGUGUCGGCGGAGCGCGCCUUCCUGUUCGCGCUGUCGGAGCCCCCCGCGCGGCACCCGCUGCUCAAGAAGCCCUUCGCGCUCUGCUACCAUCCCGACUGCGGUCCUAUUUUCGGCGCCGGCGCGGAUCUGUUCAUCUCGAGCAACUGCAACACGAACUGUGACAGUUACAGCAACCUUCACUCGUACGGGGACCCAAUCGCGCCCGCCUCGCUCGCGUCAGAGUACAACUUUACCGUGUUAGACUACGAGAUUUUCACUUAUAAACAUCAAUAAAUC